GCCACACUGAGGCACGAGCACCGGGUGGGGGUUGGGACUUCCGGCUGCCGGGGCGGCUGGUUUCAGACAGCGUGAAGAGGCACAUCACGCGAGCUGCCGUCCGCACUUCUGCCGAGACAACGCCUGGCCCGGACCUACCCGCCUCCCUUCCCCCCCCUCCUUUCCUGCCUUGACCCGGCUCUCCGAUUCCCCUCGCCGCCAUGGCCAUGCGCCGCCGCCUCGCUCUGCUCCCGGGUCUGAUGCUGCUUCUGGCAGCGGCCUUCUCGGCUGCUGACGCCACCUCCGAUGUGCUGGAGCUCACGGAUGACAACUUCGAGCGGCGCGUGGCCGAUACGGGCAGUGCCGGCCUCAUGCUUGUGGAGUUCUUCGCGCCCUGGUGUGGACAUUGUAAGAGACUUGCCCCAGAAUAUGAAGCUGCAGCAACCAGGCUAAAAGGAAUAGUUCCUUUAGCAAAGGUUGACUGUACUGCCAACUCAAACACCUGUAAUAAAUAUGGAGUCAGUGGCUACCCCACCCUGAAAAUAUUUAGAAAUGGUGAAGAAUCAGGUGCCUACGAUGGCCCUCGGACAGCUGAUGGAAUUGUGAGUCAUUUGAAGAAACAGGCAGGACCUGCAUCAGUUCCUCUCAUGAGUACAGAAGAAUUUGAAAAGUUCAUUAGUGACAAAACUGCCUCUGUGGUGGGUUUCUUCAAAGACUUAGUCAGUGAUUCUCACUCAGAGUUCCUAAAAGCAGCUACAAACUUGAGAGAAAACUUCCGCUUUGCACACACCAAUGUUGAUGCUCUGGUGAAGAAGUAUGAUCCUGAUGGAGAGGGUAUCACUUUGUUCCGGCCUCCACAUCUGGCUAACAAAUUUGAGGGAAACACUGUACAAUACACAGAGGAAAAAAUCACCAGUGGCAAAAUUAAAAAAUUUAUCCAGGAGAAUGUUUUUGGUAUUUGCCCUCACAUGACAGAAGACAACAAAGACUUACUCCAGGGCAAGGAUCUACUUGUGGCUUACUAUGACGUAGACUAUGAUAUGAACGCUAAAGGAUCCAACUACUGGAGAAACAGGGUAAUGAUGGUGGCAAAGAAAUUUCUGGAAGCUGGACAGAAACUCAACUUCGCUGUUGCUAGUCGCAAAACUUUUAGCCAUGAACUGUCUGAAUUUGGCUUGGAAAGAACCUUUGGAGAAGUGCCAGUUGUUGCUAUUAAAACUGCGAAAGGAGAGAAAUAUGUUAUGCAAGAGGAGUUCUCCCGAGAUGGGAAGGCCCUUGAGCGAUUCCUGCAGAAUUAUUUUGAUGGCAACCUGAGGAGAUACUUAAAGUCUGAACCUAUCCCAGAGAAUAAUGAUGGACCUGUGAAGGUAGUGGUAGCUGAGAACUUUGAUGAAAUUGUGAAUACUGAUAAAGAUGUUCUGAUAGAAUUUUAUGCACCCUGGUGUGGUCACUGCAAAAACCUGGAGCCCAAGUACAAAGAGUUGGGAGAAAAGCUCAGCAAAGAUCCCAAUAUUGUCAUAGCAAAGAUGGAUGCUACAGCCAAUGAUGUGCCUUCUCCAUAUGAAGUUAGAGGCUUCCCUACCAUCUACUUCUCUCCAGCGAAUGAUAAGCAGAGUCCACGGAAAUAUGAAGGUGGCCGUGAAGUUACUGACUUUAUUAACUACCUACAAAGAGAAGCUACAAAUCCUCCUGUGAUCCAAGAGGAAAAAUCCAAAAAGAAGAAGGCAGAGGAAGAUCUCUAAAGUAACAGCCAAAAACAGACCACUUUAUAUAAGGACUCUUUUAUCAGUGAUGGGGCAGUCAGUGCCUCAGGGAUGAGUGGACAGUGUGGAUGCCAUUUGAAUCCUGUUUAAUUUUCUCUAAGCUGUUUCUUUAGGAGCACUGUUAAUGGAAACACCAGGACCAGUUGAUAUUUGUUUGUGGUUUUGAGGGAUGGAGGGUGGGGGGUGGAUUAUUUGUGUUGGGGGAACAUUGAGGGGAUGGGGGGAGUUGAGUUGGGGGUUAUUUUCUAAUUUUUUUUUUGUACAUUUGGAACAGUGACAAUAAACGAGCCCCCUUUAAACUAAGUUCUUGGGGGGUGGAGGGGACAAUGGCAAUGUUGGCAGUUAGAGUAGAGGUAAAGCAUUACCUCAUACCAGGUAACCGAUCUGAUCUAAAACCAGACUUGUCCCUGUGUUUACUGCCCAGAUAUUUUUCUGGGGAUUAUCAAAGAUUUUUGACAUUUUUAUUCAUGGAUUCUUCCCAGCCCUGCUUAAGCUCCAAGGGUAGGUUGCUAUUUAUCCUUGCUAGACACCUGGGACCAUUGCUUGUUUAUACUUCCCUAGGGCUGCUCUGAGCCCUAGAGUAUCCUUGCUAUUGCAGUUCUUGAGCUUGGGUGUGGCUUUAGUUUGGGGUUUAUUCCAAACUGUUACUGGAACUGCUGACACCAAUAUGGGUGCAGUUCUAUGCAUCCUACAGCCUGGGGUGUGGCAUAGUAACCUCUUGUUAGGACUGGUAUUGGUAGUAAUAUUCUUAGGGCAUCCCUUUUCUUGCUAUAAUGCUGUAUUAAAAAAAGGAUGUGCCUAAGUGAUGCAUUACAUUUGCUAUAGAUAUAUAUAUGCAAAUUUAUUAUUUUGCUAUUUUUGUGGGUAAGACCUAGAUGCCCCUUCCUCAGGUGUAGUUUUCAGAUCACUCAAAAAUGAUAGGGACUCCAGCUUCAGGACGGUCAAUAAGUUCUUAGAAAGGGAACUGGUGUCUUCAGUAACCUAGCGUUGUUUGGGUUAAAUAAAUGUCAACUGUCAUAUCCCCUCUGCAAGCACCUGUCCCCCACUUUCAAAGUAUUUGACAACAGAUCGAUUUGUACAAACCACACAGGAGCAGUCAUCAUUUGUUUUUCAGCCAUGUUUGUAAAGAAAUUCAUUAAACAUUUCCAAGAUCUCCA